GAGGUGGCCUGAUCUACUUCGUCAGGGAUUUCGAUCCAUCAUCACAACUUCUCCUCUCAACCAAUUCCAACCUUUCUUCUUCAUACAUCGGAAGCAAUUUGCACGACGGCCCAUCUUGUUAACAAAUGCGACACCAUCCAUGUACCGAGCGAAUCUCUGGGCGGCGCCAAUGGCGAGAAAGCCACCGUCCAUUGGUCGCAAACGAUGAUGUCGAGGACCGAAGAGUACUGGUUGUGCAAGUACACCGUCGAGUCUGGCAGCGAGUCCUCUUUCUCCCACAGGCAGCAAAAUGGCACCCGGGUGCUGACUGUAUCACCAGGCGCUGCAGAGGGCCAGAUCUACGCGCAAGCCAGCAAACUCGAGGAAUUCCGGCAGAAGAAGAACGACGGCAAGGACUUCACCUUCGUGGUGGAUGGGAGCUUUCAAUACGGUCAAGACAAGGCAAUGACAACGCGCUUCCCGUUCUACCACGACAAAACGAACAAGCCAUACCAGCACCGUUUCGUCGAGAAUACCUACACCGGGCCUGGUGGCAAGGCGGUUGAUUUUCUCACAGGCAUGGGGUUCAAGUAUGCGAGUAGUAUCGAGGACAAUACCCGCCACUUUGCUGGCCACUACCUUCAUGACUUCUAA